AAAAUAAACACAUCGGUACACGAACGUCUUCUUGAGGAUAUUCAAGCCGUAGAUAUUAACGAUUUAACCUAUGAUAACCCAUUGGCUAACGGAAUAAUUGACCUCGGAUCUUCUCAAUAUCAAUUAAUGGAGGAUGAUUAUGAUGUUCUUGCGUCUUCGGAGAAUGCUUUCGUGGACACUAUAACUCGUCUUGUAGAGGCGUCAAUGUAUCAAAUGCCAGUUGAAUUUGACAUCGAAGUAACGAGAAAUGAUCGUCAAAGUGUUGCUAGCAAAAAACGAAAAAAUCGACAAUUGGCUGGCUCGCGAGGCAAUAAACCAGACUUAAUGAUUCGCGCAUUUUUCAAACAAAAGUGGCAUGAACUCGCAUAUGUCGAAAGCGGGAAAUGGAAAUCAACAGAAACAAAAACUCUUAAUGAUCAUAAUAAGCUAGCACGUUUGAGCUUGGACGGAUAUACUGAUAUGUCAAAAAAAAACUAA